UGCAGUACAACAACAGUUCCAGGAGGUCCCGAGGCGCCAAGUCUAAGAUGUCUGGCCUCACGCGCAAACUCUUCACCUUAGCUUUUAUUAGGGAAGGAGACAACAUCCUACUAGGAUACAAGAAGCGAGGAUUCGGCCAAGGAAGAUGGAAUGGCUUUGGAGGCAAAGUAGAGUCAGGUGAAACCCCAGAAGAGGGAGCCAUCAGGGAAAUGCAGGAGGAGGCUGGAGUGGAGUUAGUGGGAGGUGUUGAUAAGGUUGGGGAGCUGGAGUUUACCUUUGAAGGUGACCCCAUACUCAUGCACGUUAUGGUCUUUUCUGCUCGAGGAUACACUGGCACACCCACCGAGAGUGAAGAGAUGAAGCCACAGUGGUUCAGUGUGGACAACCUUCCCUACAGCCAGAUGUGGCCUGAUGAUAGGCUGUGGUUCCCAAUAUAUUUACGAGGAGGAAAGUUCCGUGGAAUCUUUCACUUCAAAGGGCAAGACAUCAUUCUCUCACAAAAACUAGAAGAAGUGCAAACAUUUGAUUAAUUUCAUGAUUUGAAAGUGAAUGUGCCAUCUCUAUUUGAAUUUACCUCUAUGUCCACUUGCAGGUAAAUUGUCAAUAAUGGAACAAGAUGAAGGUAAUACAGUACCACCUUCAUAUUAUAUGUUUACAGAAAUUAAAAGUGCAAGGAUCUGCUUGACUGAGAUACAUAUGUAUACAUUAUAAAAUGUAAUUUUUUAUUAUUUUAUGGAAAACUACACACUAAGAAUUUUAAAAUAUUAUAACUACUAGUACUGUACUGUAAUUUUGUAUAUAAUAUUUGCCUUCUAAAAAAAGUUUAGUUCAUAAUAAUAAAAAAAUGCUGCUAAAUGUAAAAAGUAACAUUCACAGAUGUUAUUUUACAGUCUUAUUGAAGAUCAACAUGAACUUCUUUCAGUCUAUAUCUUUGCUUCUAAUGAAUGUCCUUCCUAUAAAUCAAACAUUUCUCAAUAUUGUUAUCCCUUCAUUGCAGUUCCUAUUAGUCUAACUUUAUUAUAUAUUUUUAAUUAUAGUAUCUAACUUAAUUCUUAUGUUCGCAGCUCUGUAUAGCAACUCACUUUAUCAUUGAAUAAAAAUAUUUGUUUAAUGUAAAAUAUAACCUAUAAAUAUACAGUACAUUAAUGUACUUUUUUAAUGUGAAACACAUGGCAAUAGCAUAACAAUUCAAAUGUACAGACCUGCUUAUAUUUUUGCUUUAGUCUUGUAAGCUACUCUUUGUACCAUGUUCUACACAAAUAAAAUUUAUCAUACUGUAUUGUGCACUUAUGUAAAUUCAACUUUUGUAAUAAACGCUCAUGGAAACAAGGCAUCCAAUAGUAAGGUGAAUUUCACAAAUAAUAGUUAGCUUCUGCUGUUGACAAUGUCAGCGAUGGCGCUCUGUUAGCCUAUUAAACAAAUAUUAAAUUUAUAUUUCCCUGAUUUUGUCACUUAAUAUAAUUAUAUGUUUUGAUAGCACAGUAUUACAAAUAAUAAAUAAUUUAUACACAUUGA